AUGACUGUCAACCGAGUCUCCUCUCCAGCCGAAAAGGCAAGGGCACCAGCGCUAGCCAUGCUAUGUUUCCUGGUAGCGCAUGUUGCAGUCAUUACUACUACCCUGGCAGAAGAUCUCCGUGCAGACGGCUUACCCUCGACAUGCACGACCAUCUACCAGCCCAUUGUGGAUCUCACCCCUACGCGCGAAAUCGACCACAACGAAGUGGAUACAGAUAACGAUAAACGAAGGCAAUUACGCCUCCGCGAAAGCGAAGAUUGCGUGGAGGCCAUUGAGGCGCACUGUAUCUGCACGAACAGGAACUCCGAUGUCGCGGCCGUCAUGGGACUCUGCGCGAGCUGCAUGGCUCAGAACAGCCAAACGACGGAUGGCAUUCAGGUCGAGACAACGAAGCCAGCCACGACCGGGACUUCUGGAUCUACUGCCAGGGCUGGUGCAUCAUCCUCCGUCGAGUCGGCUGGCAGCGGGGCUAGGAAAAUGGCUGUUUCUUUAGUGGCUGGUCUAGGUGUCGGGAUAGCGUUGCUGUUGCAAUUGUAA